ACGUAUGAGUUUCUGUUUUGAAAAAAUGAGUAAAAUCAUAAGAGCAGAAAACUGAAUGUUCAGAUGUUCGGCGGUACGCAAGCGAGUAACAUUUAAACCGCGAGUUUUAAGAAUAUUAAUUUAAUUUUUUUUCGGUAAUUACGUGCAUGAAUAGGUAAUAAUGAGUUUAAUUAAUGUGAAGCAAGGGUGUAAACAGUACAAUUCAAAUACGUCCGAUACAAAGACGGUAUUGAAGAAUUUAAACAUGACAGUAAAACAAGGAUCAAUUUAUGCAUUAAUGGGAUCAUCCGGUUGUGGUAAAACCACGCUAAUAUCAUGUCUUGUUGGAAUAAAUAGUUUAGAUUCGGGAGAGAUUGAAAUCUUUGGUGCACCAAAUAGCAAGAACAACAAAGGAAAUAUCGGUUACAUGCCACAAGAAACCGCACUUAUCAAUUGCUUUAAUGUCCGAGAAAUGAUUUGGUUCUAUGGAACAAUUUACGGAAUGACUUCUGAGAAAAUCAAUGAAAGAUUUUGGUUUUUAAGUCAAUUGCUUGAUCUUCCAGAUGAAGAGCGUCUUAUAAAGGAAUGUAGUGGUGGUCAACAACGUCGAAUUUCAUUUGCAUUGACGUUAGUUCAUGAACCUGAGCUUUUGGUGCUUGAUGAACCAACUGUUGGUGUUGAUCCUCUACUGAGAGCGAGAAUUUGGGAAUACUUAAUUGAUAUCACAAUUAAAAAGAAUGUCACAGUUCUUGUAUCAACACAUUACACCGAAGAAGCAAAACAAUCUUCACAUGUUGGCCUUUUACGACAUGGCGUUUUGAUAGCAGAAGAUACUCCAAAAAAUAUUUUAGAAAAGUGUGAAGCACUGAACUUAGAAGAAGCCUUCUUGAAGUUGAGUGAAAAGCAAGAGGUGGACAAUGUGAAUCAAAAUGUAACGUCACAAAACUCGCCAUACAUUGAAAUGGAUGUUGUCACUGCAAAACCAACAGCACAACGUUUGAAGACUGUUCGAACUCAUAAGUACACCACACAAUCAAAUAUCAGAAUAACACAAGCACUGUUAAUGAAAAAUUUGAUUCAAGUUGCUCGUAAUAUUGAUGUGCUUGCAAUAACAAUGUUGGUUCCCUUAAUCACCUGCUUCUGUUUACAUUAUGCAGCUGGUGGAAGGAUUAAAUAUCUGACAAUUGGAAUUAUUAAUAAUGAAGUCACUAAUUAUAAAGAUUGUCUUAAUCAAUCAGUGUCGUCAGUUGUUCCAUCUGGAUUUGAUUGUAUUUUGCAUAAAGUGUCAUGUCGUUUUAUUAACGAGUUUGACGAUAACAUUGCAGAAAAGAAAUUUUACGACUCUUACGAAGAAGCUUAUCGAGAUACGAGAGAAGGAAAAAUUCUUGGCUUUGUUCUGUUUGACGCCAAUUUUUCAAGUAGUUUACCACUUUUUAAUGACGAUGUUGAAGAUGAUUACAGUGAUAAUGGAUUGAUUCAAGUUUUUCUCGAUCAAACUGAUCUGCAAAAGACAUCUUAUAUUCAAAGAAAACUUUAUGAGACCUACAAAAACUUUACUGAAGGUUUGAUGACAGCUUGUAAAAGAUCGAGAAAAGCUGGAAAUGCGCCAAUUCGUUUUGAUGCUGCUGCAGGCGAAUUAAAUUUUGACAUGAGAGGAACGAUGAUUCCUGGAUAUAUUAUUGGAACUUUCUUCUCAAUUGCUGCUUACUUGACAUCAGUUGGGAUUAUAACACAACGUGCUGAUGGAACAUGGAAUCGAAUAAUUGUAGCUGGUGCUACACCAAUUCACUUCUUAUUAUCUCAUUUAAUUGAAGGAACAUUAAUUUUACUGAUUCAAUGUCUGGAAUUUUAUCUUUACAUUACAAUAUUCUUGACUCCUACAAUUAAUAUUGAUUCAGCAAUAACCAUUGGAUUGAUUUUAUUCGGUGUUGGAUUUUCUGGUCUUACUUUUGGUUUAUUGACGUCAGUAAUCAUGACAACAGUGAUGUCAUCGUUAAUGUUCUCUCAAAUUAUAGCGUAUCCUCUUGGCUUCAUCAGUGGUUUGAUGUGGCCAAAAGAAGCUCUCCCGUAUGGAUUGGAAUAUGUUUCAUACUUAUCACCAUUCACACUUCCAACGAUCGCUCUCAGAAGAAUUUUCGUGCAAGAUUCGACAGUUUUUGAGCCGCAAGUUUAUUUCGCUUUACUUGUUCUGCUUGCUUGGAUAAUAAUUUUGCUUGGGUCCAGUUUUUGGUUUAUACGAGAUAAAUCCGAAACAAAAGAUAAAUAAGAAGUGCUAAUUGGAUCAUAAUUUAAUACUUACUGAAAUAAAUGAUAAAGAAGCGGAGAACCAAAUGAGUAAAUUAUGAUCUUUGACCUUACUUUAACUUAAAAAUAUUUAUUUGUGAAUAGUUUUUGCGUCUCGUUUGUUAUGAUAAAUUGCAAAGAAUGUGGCAUGUCAGAGACAGUAAGAUUUGAAUUUAUCACAGAAAAUUGUUAAAAAAAUAACCUGUCAAACUCUUGAAAUUGAAUAUUUUGUAAAAGAUUUUUUUCUUUCUUAUUUCAUUCCAACAAUACCGAAGAUUUUAUUUGUUCUGUUUGCUGAAACCACGUAAGAAAAGAAUAAAAAAAGAUUUAACAAUUUUAAACAAA